AUGUUACCCGAAAAUAUCAGCAAAAGGAACACCGGAGUACCAGGGGCACUAGUCGUACUCAUGGAUAUCGUUAAGAUUCAACAAACUGCGGUGGAGGAACAUCAGAUUUUGCAUCGGGACUGUAGUCUCAACAACGCGAUGAUCCUAGAUGAACUUGAAGGUACUAGUGAAGGGUUUCUUAUUGACUGGGAGUUUGCCGUUCGGAUUGCCACGGAUCAUAAAUAUCCCAUCGGCGGUACAGGCACAGUCCCUUUCAUGUCACGCGGACUUCUCAACCAAUUUGUGGUCCUGCAGCAGGAGGCAGACCUGGAAUCGAAGAAGAAGCAGACAAAGAAGAAGAAAGAGACUCGGGGACGCAAUUCAGUCGACAAACCAAAAACCCCGAAAUCAUCCUCUGAUUCUCUGGCGCUACCUGUAUCAUAUGUCAUCCAAGGCUUUGCGGAUGACCUGGAGUCCCUUUUUUCGUGUUCGCUUGGGUCUGCAUCAAGUUUAGUGGUCCCAACGAGUGGGCGUAGAGUUCUGGUGGACAACAUGAUCCACCCUGUUACCUUCAACACCAUUCUUGCUGUACUCAACUCUCAUCUCGACAAACUCCCCGAUGACGAGGAGCUCGUAUCUACUGUGAACAUGCUCAAGAAGGAUGCUGUCAUUCUCACGCACCGUGUCAAGGGCAAACAUAUUGCUUCAGACUCUCCCUCUGUGGUAGCACCCAAGCAGCAGAAGUCUCAUCAUAGUGAUACCGAGUCCGACUCAGCAUCGGGCAGUGACGCAUGA